AUUUUAUCAAAAUACCAACAAUGAACAUUAAGCCACGACUUUAUGGAGAUGCAAAUUUAAAAAAGAGACCAUCAUACUUCGAAUUUGAAAACAUGGAUAUUCAUUAUGGGUAUAUUGAUUAUUUAUUUUUAGACAACUUGAUAAUUAUGAGAUUGUAAGGAAAAUUGGAAGAGGAAAAUAUGCAGAAGUUUUUGAAGGAAUCAAUGUUAAUACACUAUAAAAGGUUGUUAUCAAAGCUUUAAAACCAAGUAUUAAAUAUUAAAUAUUUAAUAGUAAGAUAGAAGAAGAUAAAGAGAGAAAUCAAAAUAUUACAAAAUUUGAAUGGUUAAAACAAUGUGUUGAAAUUACUUGAUGUUGUAUUUGAUCCUGCUUCAAAGACUACUAGUUUGAUUCUUGAGUUCAUCAAUAACACAGAUUAUAGAGUCUUAUAUCCUUAAUUGUAGGAUCAGGAUGUUCGCUUUUAUAUGUAUGAAAUUUUGAAAGUAAUUUUUAAAUUACAUUUAUAUAUAUAGUCUUUAGAUCAUUGUCAUAGUAUGGGUAUAAUGCAUAGAGAUAUCAAACCACAUAAUAUAAUGAUUGAUCAUGAAAAGAAGUUAUUAAAAUUGAUUGACUUUGGAUUGGCAGAGUUCUAUUUCCCUAAUAAAAAUUAUAAUUGUAGAGUAGCUUCUCGAUAUUUUAAAUCUCCUGAACUUCUUUUAGAUUAUUAAUAUUAUGAUUAUAGUUUAGAUAUUUGGAGUUUGGGAUGCUUAUUUGCUGGAAUCAUAUUUUAAUAAGAGCCAUUCUUUCAUGGAUAAGAUAAUAAUGAUCAAUUAGAUAAAAUAGCAAGAGUAUUAGGAACAGAUGAUUUGAUGAAUUAUCUCUAGAAAUACAACAUUUCUUUGGGUCCAAACUUUGAGAAUGUAUUAGGAUAACAUCCUAAAAAACCAUUCAAUAAAUUUGUGAAUGAAGAUAAUGAAUAUUUGGCAAAGGCUGAUGCAAUUGAAUUAUUAUAGAGCAUGCUUAUCUAUGAUCAUGUAAUAAAAUUAUCUAUAUAAUAAUAGAAUCUAAGAAUUACAGCCAAAGAAGCAAUGUUACAUCCUUAUUUCCAAUCAAUCAGAAAGAACUCUAAAAGAUAAUGAUAGUUAGAGUCUUAAAUUAAUAUCAAAUAUAAACACC